UUUACUAUUCGUUAUUAGUAGAAAGUCCCUUUUGAUUUUUCUCAUUUUUCUCAUUUUUGUUGACUAAUUGUGUCUAAAUUUUUGUAAUCUCAUUUGUGUUAAUUGUUUUUGUCACAAUUUUGAUUUUGGAUUAAUUGUCAUUCCGGUUAAUUAAGAUUUUAUUAUGGCUUUACAAGAGUUACUUCAUUUAGAAAGAAAUCCAACUUUUGGUCGAACUAAUCUUGGUGAUGAUGAUUCAAUUAAAGAUGAUAUUGAAGAAAUUACUGGUAAGGAAUUGGUCCAAUUACCUAUUGCUCCAUUUACCAUGAACAAAAAUGUUCAAAUACGAGAUGGUGUUUCUGGAAGACAGAUUAACAUUCACAUGGAAAAAGGUACAACCACCCUUUCCUUCAAGUAUCAAGGUGGAAUUGUCAUCGCUGUUGAUUCUAGGGCUACUGGUGGAAAUUUCAUCUUCUCUGGAACAGUUAAGAAAAUUAUUGAAAUAAACAAAUAUCUUCUCGGAACAAUGGCUGGUGGUGCUGCUGAUUGUUCAUAUUGGCAUCGUGCUCUUACUGUUAGAUGUCGUAUGUAUGAGCUUCGUAACAAGGAAAGGAUUUCAGUAGCUGCGAGUAAAAUAUUAUCCAAUAUUCUUUACAAUUAUAAAGGAAUGGGUCUCUCAAUGGGAACCAUGAUCAUCGGUUGGGAUAAGAAAGGACCUGGUUUAUAUUAUGUUGAUGAUUCUGGAUUAAGAUACUCUGGUGACACUUUCGCUGCUGGAUCUGGUUCACCUUAUGCUAUUGGUGUCAUUGAUACUCAUUGGAAACACGAUUUAACCGAUGAGGAAGCCUAUGAAUUAGGACGGCGAGCAAUUUAUCAAGCCACUUAUCGUGAUAAUGCCUCUGGUGGAGUUGUUAGAGUUUAUUCAAUGAAACCAAAUGGAUGGGUAAAGAUUACCGAAGAGGAUUGUAAGGAUUUACACUAUAGAUAUGCUGAUGAGAAGAUGAUUUAAAAACAAUGAUUACAAUUAAAUCACCAAUGUUUUCUAACCAGAUUAAAGAUGAUAAUGAGUAUCUUUAUCAAAUUUACACAUUACAGAAAAUGGAGUUAAUUUUGUUUCUUCAAAUAUAAUAAGACAAAAUUGUCUUGUUUUAUUGGGGGUUUACAUUUACAACCUUGUUUUUUUUGUUUAGUUUUUGAUGAAAAGGAACUUGUUUUUUCUUAUAAAUAAUUGAGAAUUUGUAUACGAAUUUAUAA